UGUACAGAGCAGGGUACCAUCCAGGCUGUUGUAUGUGAGGGGUGGGGUCCGGCUACACUGAUACCACCAAACAUAAGCUCACAGAGGGGACACACAGAGGCAGAAGAAGAGAGGAAAAAACAGAGAGAAGAGGGGGGAAGACUGCACCUGAAGAGGAAUAUUAUACGGGAUGAAAGGAGACACCCCAGUGAACAGCACCAUGAGUGUCGGCCAGGCCAGGAAGCUGGUGGAGCAACUGAAGAUAGAGGCUAGCUUCUGUAGGAUAAAGGUAUCAAAGGCAGCGGCUGACCUGAUGGCAUACUGCGACGCACACUCCUGUGACGACCCCCUGAUCACCCCCGUGCCCACCUCAGAGAACCCUUUCAGGGAGAAGAAAUUCUUCUGCGCUCUGCUUUGAGACCAAUCAGGGAUUGUUAUGAUCAAAAGUACAACUGUACAGUAUGUACAUGUAUGUACAGUGUGUACAUGUACUUCCAAUCGAAAUAAGACAUCAAUGUACUAUAGUAACCUUGCAUAAAAGCUGCCGAUGUACAGUACAUUAUCAAUUACAACAAAACAUCUAGAUCCAAAUUCUUGAACCGCUAACGUCCGUCUCAGUGUUAGAGGGGAGGUACUACAAUAGAGUGGGGAUUUGAAACAAAACUUAAACAUUUACUCAAAUAAAGAGUCAUAUCAAAAAGUAUGAAAAACAUUUAAAAAUAGCUUUCAUGUGGAUAAAAACCUACAUUUCAUGCUCAUUUCUAUAUUACAGGUAACUGCCAGACAGAAAAGUCUGAACAUUAAGUGUCUUAACAGAUUCACGUGGAGUCUGCAGCAUUUGAAACCUUGAACUUUUGUGUUAACUACGGAGCCUCUGAGGGGACAUGGGCUGGAGAUAAGAGUACAUUUCAAAAGAAAAAAAUAACCAGUGAACAAGUGAAAGGUAACCAUGCUUAUAAAAAGGUAUCGUAUGAAUGAAAAUGUUUCUGAUGCUCAUGAGAAAAUAUUUCACUGUCACUUUGAGGUAUUGUGUGAGCACAACAGACUGUACAAAAACAUGGAAAAAGUCUCAGUGAUUUCAGAAACUGGUUAGUAAGGGGGACUUUGAAGCCUGUCAGUGGUGGUUGCCAUAUUGGAAAGAUGUGGAGCCUCCUGUGUGAUCAGCCACACGUAUUAUUCAUUGCAUAUUAUUUUAUUCUUGCCAUCUUCUUAAUCUGGAAAAGUCUGAGACUGCAUAAAACCUGUUGUGUGCAUACCAGAAACUUUAUAUGCAGCCCACGUCCCUCUAGGAGCUCCGUAAAAUUCCCCUACUAGGUGACUUUUUUUGAUUUAAGGUGGUGCUACCCGUUCCAGGUGCUGCUCUGAUUGGUUUCGAUCUGACAUCUGAGAAAAUGAUGAGCCUAUGUUAGGUUAUGAAGUAAGCACAUAUCCCCUGAUCGACAGUGUUUCCAUUUGUGAAAGGAGCUAAUAGCAUUUAGAUUGUCCUUCACUUCUCAUUCAUGAUCAACUUUUUUGUACUCUUUAAUAUCCAUUGCUUCCUGUUUUGGCAGUUACUUGUAUCUACCAGCUGUCUCUGACUGAAUUAUGAUCGUUUAUUUAUUUCAAUGUUUUAUUAAGAUUUUGCUCAUUUCUAUACUGUUGCUGUAGUGUGAAUGUGUGAGUGUGUGAGCAUAGGUGCUACUGUGAAGCAUUGAUCCUGAUCAUCUGAUCACUGUUCAACAAGAUUUUAUAGCACACAGACCCAUUGUUAAAAACAACAUUCCAAGAGUUAUCCAUCAUAAAUGUAUUAUCAAAGCCAUUCAAGCUAAAUUCAGGCUAUUUGGUUAAAGAGUCUCUCACAGGAACAAUUUUCUAUUUCCUGAAGGCAAAAACAGCAGUUAUAAUGUACUUUUAAAGACAGGUGUGCAUCAUCAUGUUAACCAAUUAGAAAGCUCCAGAGCAGGGGUUUCCAGGAAAUAAGAACCAGAUGAACAUUGUAUCUCUUUCGAUUGAUGAAUUCCUGAUGUAAUUAAAUGUGUCAUUUUCUCCAUCUUAACGUUUAAGUUUCCUCAUAUCAUGAUGCCCACAACAUAUGACAUGUUUAACCUCAUGGGAGCCCCCUGCUCUAGAACAAAACUCAACUAGUGUGAUUAAAAUAUCUCGCAGAUAGGAAAUUACGAGCUUUGGUGAAAAGUAAUCAUGAAAUAUCAGGCACUGAAAU